GGGCACGACAGGCCGCCCCCGAUGGUCGCUACCUCCACACAGGCGGCUAAUUCGACCAGUCACAGCCCCGCACCGGGGAAGCACCUGGAGCUUCGUGUCAGCUCCAUGCUUUGAUCAACGUGAGAGGCAAGAAACGCCGGUAAAGCGUUCAGCUAGCCGGCUCGCCAUUAGCGACCGGGCUGGUGGUUGUUUACAGUGUGCUAGCUUGUUUAUCUCUGCCAGGCACAGUUAGCCUGCGAGCGGGGAAAGCCGCUUUACGUCCCCGGGCUGAGGUUCGUGUUUUAUAAUAAUUAACACUUCGGUACGAACAGCACCGACACCAGCACCGACCCCGGCGUGUUCGGGCCGAACCGGACCGGAGCACCGGCCCGAGGGUGUGACUGUGGCUGGAGGAGAGUCUCUAGUUUGGCCCAAUCCACACGUGUCAACAGAGCUUCUGAGGGUUCUGCUUUCACUUCACUGAACAUCUCCCGGUGGAGGAGCCUCACAGCGGACAGCUGGGCUGGUUCUCCCGGAGCACAACGAGACAUAUCAGCCAUUCAUUCAUGAUUGAUGAUCUUUGAGGAGGCAGACUGUCCUUUAUCCAGGUCCCCCCCCCCCCCCCCCCCCUGCACCAACCACUUCCAGUCUGUGCUGGGCUGUUUACCUCCGAGCAUCUCAUGUAACCUGGCACAGAGAGGACACGGGACCUUGGUUUGACUUUUUGGAUGUUGGUCUUUCCUGUUCUAUUCCCCACUGACACCUCACUGGAGCCACUGGAGGUUGGGGGGGAACAUGAGGAGCACACCGUCUGAUCAGGACCGGCGUCCGAGCAGCUCCAGGAUCUGAUCAGAGCCCCGCAGAGAGCCAAGAGCACUGAGACCCGAAGGAGAGGACGAGAUGGGGAUCAGAGAGGCCCAGUGACAGCACUGACCCCCCCCCCCCCCGCACCAGGAAGCAGACAUGAGUCUCCGCCAACCCACCUCCACGCUGGACAGGCUCAGCAGUCUGACCAUCGGGGACUCGGAGCGCAAAUCCUCUGCCACCCAGCAGAGGGAGCCACCACCUGACUUCCAGCUUGAGACCACGGGUCCUGGUCUAGUCCAGAGAUGUGUGGUCGUUCAGAAGGACCAGCUCGGUUUCGGCUUCACAGUUUGUGGAGAGAGAGUGAAGCUCGUGCAGAAUGUCCGACUAGGGGGCGCAGCCGUCAAGGCCGGAGUCCAAGAAGGGGAUCGUAUCAUAAAGGUGAACGGCUCGUUGGUGUCGUCCAUGUCCCAUCAGGAGGUGGUGAAGCUCAUCAAAUCUGGGCCCUAUGUAGCUCUGACACUACAGGGACCUCCCCCAUCAGCUGCCUCCUUGCCCCUGGAGCCCCUCCACACUGACCUCACCCCCAAUCAAAGAACGUCUCUCGGUGGGGAGGCUCCACCCCCUCCACCUCCGCCCCUGCCCUCUGGACUGAGCAGCAGCCCUUCCCAAAGAAUCACUGGACCCAAACCACUACAGGACCCAGAAGUACAAAAACACGCCACUCAGAUACUCAGGAAGAUGCUGGAGCAGGAGGAAGCUGAGCUGCAGGACCUGAUGGAGGAGCACUCGAGGAACCCGUCAGCGGCACUGGUGGAGCGGAUUGAGAGCGCCAAGAGGAGGGCUCACCAGGUCAGGGUCAAGAUCCAGCAAGACGUGGAGGGAACACGAUCAGAGUCUAUCGCGAGUUACGUCAUAGCAGGAGAAGGUCGACAAUCAGUGGACGUGAGUGAAGGAGACGUGGAGGCCUUUGAGAGUCCCCACUCCUCCCCCUCAUCCUCCUUCAGGACCCCCUUCCACCGACGGCAGAGCUCCGACACUCACACCCUCUCUGACUCGGGUGGAAAGGCCCAGAUCAUCGGCCCUGAGGAAGAGGAUGAAGAAGAUGAUGGUUAUGCAUUUAAUGAGAUGGACGGCCCCUUCCAGGACAUUGAGUUGUUGAAGUCUCGACCAGCUCACAUGACAGUGUUCAUGAGAUACGUCUUCACUCAGCUGCUGGACCCAAACCCACUGCUGUUCUACCUGUCGGUGGAGGCCUACCUGGGCUCCAGUCCGAAAGAUGCCCGCGCACUCGCACCGCAGAUCUGCUCCCAUUUCCUGGACCCGGACGCUCCGCUGAAAAUCAAAGUACGGGAGGAGUUUCUCACAGAUAUCGAGAGUCGGCUACAUGCUCAGGAGGACAUCAGAGGACCUCUGUCCGAGCUGCAGCAGCUGGUGCUGCCGGACAUUCAGGACCAGAUCCAGGACUACAGGAACAAGCAGAUGAUGGGUCUUGGUUCCCUGUUUGGAGAAGGAGACCUGCAGCACCUGGACGGAGACCCGGCCAAAGAGAGACAGGUGGUGGACAGACAGGUCACCGCCCUCUGGGAGAUACUAUCGAAGCACGAAGAAGACAGAAGUUCUCCUCUGGCUUCAGCGGUCCUCCUCUACCUGCGUCACUCCGGCAUCAAGCUAAGAGACUCCAAGGUGUUCCCGGGUCUGAGCACAGAGAAGGAGAAGUGGCUCGCCUUCUUGAAGACCAAGAAGCUGAGUGGAACCAAGAAGGAAAAAGAAAAAGAUGGAGAGGAUAAGAAGAGAAAUCCCAUCCUGAAGUACAUCAAACCCCGCUCCACAUCCCAGUCCACAUUCCAUGUCCCGUUGUCACCCAAUGAAGUCCGUCCUGGCAGUGUGAGGAACAUCAUUCAGCAGUUUGAGAACCACACGGAGACGACAGGGGAGGAGGGAGGUGAAGCUGCUGACCCCCCCCGGCUCUCCUCCAGCAGCCUGGGAGAAGACAGCAUGGACAGCCCGACGGUCUCAGUGCGUCUGGCACGCAGCGAGUCGCUGAAGGCUCAGGGAGAAGGCCGUCGGAGGGGCGUGGCCUCUGUGACCGAGUCCGUCCCCCGCUCACGGAGCGAUGUGGACAUGGAGGACUGUGGGGAGGAGCGGGAGGGGCCGGGCCUCAGGCCGCUGCAGCACAGCGCCUCGUCGUCUGCCUCCAGCAGCUCUGCACGGUCUCUAGAGAACCCUACACCCCCAUACACGCCUCGCUCUCGACGCAGGAGCGUGGACUCACCGCUGGCCCUGCUACCGGACGCCGCGGCGUUGGAAGAGGAGGUGUGUGACGGUCAGAACUGGCAGGACACGGUGUCUCCUCAGCUCCUCGCCACGCUCAGCCCAAAGGAAGUGGACAGACAGGCGGUGAUAUAUGAGCUGUUCACCACAGAGGCGUCCCACCUGCGGACCUUGAGGGUCCUGGACCAGGUCUUCUUCCAGAAGAUGAGGUCUGUCCUGAACUCUGAUGAGCUGGCCUGCAUCUUCCCCAACCUGCCUCAGGUCUACGAGCUCCACGCGAGUCUGUGCGAGGCGAUGAAGAAGCGAAGAGAAACUCCCAUCGUUCAGGACAUCGGGGACGUCAUGCUGGCCAGGUUUGAAGGUGCAGCUGGAGACGAGUUCCAGGAGCAGGCGUCCCAGCUGUGCAGUCAGCAGUCUCAGGCUGUGGAGCUCAUCAAGAACAAGAAGCGCAAAGACCCUCGCUUCGCUCACAUCAUCCAGGAGUGUGAGGCGAGUCCACACUGUCGGAGGCUGCAGCUCAAAGACCUGCUGGUUUCAGAGAUGCAGAGAAUCACCAAGUACCCUCUGCUGCUGGACAACAUCAUGAAACACACCGAGGCCGGGCUGUCAGACCUGCCCUCACUACAGCGGGCUCAGGCCUGUUGCAGAGGAAUACUGCAGGUCGUCAAUGAGGUCGUUGGGGAAACUGAACACAGGCAACGUCUCAGCCAAUACCAGCGCAGACUGGACGCUGCCCCCCAGUUCAAGAGUUUGGACCUGACCACAAAGAGGAUGAUCCAUGAAGGUCCUCUCACCUGGAAAGUGAGCAAGGACAAGCAGAUAGAGAUCCAAGCGCUGCUGCUGUCAGACUGCCUGGUCCUCCUGCAGAGGGGCCCGGACGACCGGCUGCAGCUGCGAUACCCGUCCCGCUGGCUGGGGGGGGGCAGCGUGGGAGGCAGCGCAGACAGCAAGACGUCCUUCAGCCCACUGGUGAAGCUGGACUCGCUGCUGGUCCGCCCAGUAGCCACAGACAACAAAGCGCUCUACAUCAUCAGCACCACCGAGCGGCAGAUCUACGAGCUGGUGGCCGGGACGUCAUCAGAGAAAAACACGUGGAAAGACUUCCUUGAGAAGACGGUCUCAUCGGCCGACGGCUCGUCCCCUCUGAUCAAUCACAGCUGUAUUCCGAUUCCUUCUCCCAGUACACGCAGUGCAUCCCCAGUUUCAACCACCAGCAAUGUCUAUGCAGACACCUCACUGACGGAGCAGUCCGUCUCCCUGGACACGCAUUCCUCCGAUGACACGGCGCUCUCUGACAACACACCCAUGGACCAAUCAGGAGCUUUCCUCUGUGGUGAGAGACGAACAGUGUGUGUGGCCGAGGCCGCGUUACAAGACGUUGAAACUCUGCGUCGCCUCAUAAUACGAGACCUCGAGGACGAUGGGUGGAGCCAUGACUCGGGUGACACGCCCACCAACGAGACGGCCAAUGAGGGGAGCUCACUCAGUGACAGGCAGCGACCGGAGUCCCUGGAGACCAUCCUGAACUUCAGCACCGACGACUGGGAGGCGGAGCCUGACGAGGCCCCCCCCCCAGACGCUGAGCCGCCCGGCGUCCAGGUGGUGAGGACAGGGAACACUUUCUACUUGGUCAUGCCCACAGAGGUGGGAGAGAGCAACUCCGAUGACCCCAUCGACCCCCCCACCGCCAGCCACUCCCCUCGGCCUCUGGAGGAGGAGGAGCCAGCCUGUGGUCCGGAGCCCGACCAAUCAGAGGCAACGCGACAGGAAGAGGAGACGGCUCCAUCGCAGAGUAACGUGAUCAGAAACGUGGACGAGAUUUUCCACACGAUCGAGGGCUUGAUGAGCAAGUUGCGUCACCUGAAGGAAAUAGAAAAGGAUCAUCACAAGCUUUUGAAAACCAUCACUGAGCUGUCUGUGAAUCAGGAGCCCGAGGAGCAGCAGUGUCUCUCAGCCACUGUCUCCAGGACGCCCUCGCUGGACCGCGGCUCGGGGGACGUAAAAGAAGUGAGUGCUGCAGAACCCAGGAUUCAGUCGACUGGAUUCUGACGUCCCUCCAGAGCGGAUCCACUUGCAGUCAUCACUUUGGAUUGGUGGCUUAGGGACUUAACCACAAGGAGCUGCUGUCGGACUCGGCCCCCCUCGCCCCCCUCCACCCUCGCCCCUCGCCCCUGCACCGACCGGUGGAGCAGAGCCGAAGACGCACCGCAGCCACCGCUCUAGUUGUUCUGGUUCCCACUGACACCGAGAAGCUGGUCGGACUGGUCAGGAUCUGUGUGACCUUGAGUCUUCUCCCAGAGCAGCAGGGAGACGAAGGGCAACUGAGGAACAAGUAUGAACGUUUUUUUGUUUUUUUUUAAAGGCAGAAGACAAGUUGACGAGCGAGGAGAAGAGUAAAAGUCGGAGGAACUGAAAGUUUGUUAUUCGUGAAGGAAAAAGAGUUUGAGCUUUCAAAGAGCUGGUUGAAGGAGCGGAGCAGAAAAGUGUUGAAAUGUUUAAUUUAAGGAAAAAUCCAAGGGACCAUCAUCCCAGCACUUUACCCACAAUCCAUCCCUCUGUCAUGGACAUCAUCUGCAGUGGACAGAUCAGGGACUGGACACCCCCCCCCCCCCCCCCGUUCCACUGGUUGCUUUACACUGAGUUCACCUGCCACGAUGGCUGAGGACUGUGUCUCUCUCAUUCAGGUUAUUUGCACUGGGUAAGGAAACCAUGAUCACACACACACAGAGCCAUGUUUAACCAUUUCACUCAUUUCACACGUUCAUAUUCCUCCUGAGAAACAACAGAGUUAUUAUCUGUGGGAUCAGUUGCAGCUGUUAUUUCCUAAGUCAACCUGUUGGUUGUGUGAGUUCCAGCUCUGGAAACACUACUGCGCUGUUUACUACUGAAUGCUGGCAGACGCACAUCUCAGCUCCUAACACAACGAGCUCAGCGGGGUCACGCAGAUGUUCCCAGCACAGAGUGGAGCUGGAAGCUGUGGGAGACUGGGGCUGGAGUCCACGACGGGUUUAAUGUUGACGGCGAGCGAAACACAGAUUCAAACUCAGAAACUUGAACUCUCCGUGAAAACCUGUUCAUCCAACACAAAACUAUUGCUGCCAAAUAUUGCCGCCAACAUUGCCUGUCUACAUUUUCACUGUGCAUCCUUUAGUCCUCUCCAGUGUAUUAGGUGUGUGUCUGUGAGUGUGUGAGUGUGUGUGAAUGCCACAGUAAAUACCAGCGUCUUCUCCCCAACCCACUGGUCUUACCAUACAGUGUUUAUAUCCCACAUCCUAAAGCCGUGACCAGGAGCAGCUUUCCAAGUCAACAUGAGAAACGUGUUUCUUUCUGCAGAGCGUCAGAUAAGAGGAUUGAUUCCACUCUCAUGUCUGUGCAGUUCACAUGAAUCCACGGCUAGGUAGCUUAGCAUCAACACAGGAAACGAGGGACACAGCUGUCUCAUGGUCUGUCAGCGUGAGACCAACAACAUGCAUCAUGUUAAUCCAGGAGCUUUGAUGGAGCAGGUCUGUGGAUUGUGUUCCACGGACCUGCUCCACCUCUGUGGUGUUGAUCUUCUCAUUUAACUCUGUGCAUGAAACACAAAUAAGCGUAUUCAUGCUCGGACUAUUUUUGGAUCCGAUGCAGAAGCAGCUCGUCCCUGAUGCUCCCAACCAGCCAAGUCUUUAUCUGUCUCUCUCAUGCUCAUCAACACUAGACACAAGACGUGUAUCUAAACUGCAAAGUCACUUCUUUAUGAGAAGUUCACCUGUUUUAUUGUAUAUUUGUUUUUCGCCUCUCUGUCUAAAGAAGCCGGGCGGAAUCACACUGGACUGCAUUUUAUUUGAGCUGGUUUCAAAUACGACCCGGGGACGGUUGUAGUGAGUCAGCUGACCUCUUCACCAGCUUCAGAGCCAAUCACAGCCUGGACACUAUCAGCCACUGAAUCUCCUGCUACAGGAGAAAGAGGCUUCUUCUGUUUCUCUUUCCUCUUCAUGUGACAUAAUAAACACAGAGCAGCUAGAGUGGCACGGCCCCUAACAAAGGCAGGUAGAGCAAGAGCAGAGUUCCUACAUGUGCUGCAAUUCCUCGACCAAUCAGAGCAGACUGGUCUUCAUCAGGUGGGGGGGUGGGUUCUUAAAGAGACAGGAGCUAAAACCAAGUAUUUGAGACAGAGGCUGAAAAGAGGAGCUGCAGCGAUGGGCAGUCUGAUGACAGUAAUAACACAAAUUAAAAUGAUCAACCUGAAUAUUUCUCCUUUAAAGUGACGGUUCACUGCCGGGUGGGAGGUUUUCACUCUUUAGCCAGCGCCCCCUAGAGGAGCAGGAGUAGAUGUACAGGUUUCUAUGACUGAGUGAGAGCUGUGCUACGAACAACGAGGACGACUCCGUGUCUCCGCUGAGAAGUGAAUUCUGUCUCCACAGGUGUUGAAGGGAACAUUUCCCCUUUUUCUUCACGUGUUUGGCUGCUGUUGUUUCAAGCAUCUCACACUAAGACAUAUGAAACUCUGUAAUAUGAACAUAUUUCCAUAUCAAGCUGUGGACACAGGCAUCACACAAAGUAAUGAGUUUAUCAGAUCAUCUCUUGGUCCUUGGUGGUUGAAGCCAACAGUUUGGAUCUCCUCUUCUUUAUUUUAAAAUAUUCUCCUCUUCUUUCCUUCCACUCUAACAACAGCAUUUUUUUUUUUUUUAAAUCUCCAAUUUCUACCUCUAUACUUAACUUUCUUUACUUCUUCUAUUAUUUCUCUUUGUUUCUCACACAUUGACAUCAGCGUUGUGGCCCUAACCGGCUUUAAAGAAGCUAUAACUGAUUCCUUUUAAAUAAAAAAGUUAAUGUUGCACAAACAGAACUCCCCUGCACGGUGCAAACUACUGUAUGCAUACACACGUCUUUAACUCUCAUCUCAUUGUCCUUUUAUUUUGUCUUUUUUUAAAUCUUGUUCACACAUGUAAUAUAGAGAAAUCAGACCCACUUGUUUUAUAUAUGUUAAUUUUUUUCUGUAAAGCCUUAGUCCUCGUAUUUGAUUUUAUUUUUGUAGAUAUGAUUAAAAAAAGAAAAGGAUGUAUAAAUUAUUUUCUUCGCCCUUGUUUUUAAAAUUGGUGAGAUUGUUAGCUGCACAGAAGGAAAACCGGAGCUCGUGUUUCAGAUUCAUGUGUUUUGUGAGAUUAAAAAGAAACUGGAUAAAGAAA